UUGAAAGAUAAGCCAUGAUAUAUUUGCAUCGUUUUUUGUUUUUUUUUUUGUUUUUUUUGGCUAAACAAGCAACUUACAUCUCGCGAGAUUUUAAUGACAUUCGAUGACAACUUGUUUGGUAACAACGCAUGCUGCAAAGAUCUUUGGGAUUGUGUCGGGGUAAAGGUAAUAUUUGUCCAAAGUGGCUGCAAAAAGCACAUACCUGUAAUAUCUGAGGCAUCAGCUGCGUUUGCUCUAAACAAGCACCGGAAGCUACUUCGUGAUUGCGCACAGCUUUUAUUGUUGCAUCAAAAUGCCUGAGGGCCCUGAACUCCACUUGGCCAGCCUGUAUGUCAACAAGAUGUGUGAUGGAGUGGUCUUUAGUGGACCGGUUAUAAAAUCUGAAGUCAGCAAAAAUCCUGAGGUGGCCUGCACCUGUGAGUCCUACCGCAUCACAGCUACUUCCAGAGGGAAGGAAGUCAAACUCAUGCUGAUGCCCAUGAAAAGUGAUGAUAAUGGAGAGCAACAAUCAAAGGGUGGGCAAGCAGAUCAACCUAUGGACAUAGUCUUCCGCUUCGGGAUGUCGGGUUAUUUCCGCUUCACGUCAGAGGAUGAACUUCCUAAACAUGCCCAUCUGUGUUUCUACACCAAGGAGAAACCCUGCAGAGUGCUGAGCUUUGUGGACACGCGCAGGUUUGGCAGCUGGCAACCCAAUGGUACAUGGCAGCCUGACAGAGGGCCUUGCAUCAUGUUUGAAUACAAAAGCUUCAGGGAGAAUGUCUUGUCUCACCUGAGCGAUCGGGCUUUUGAUCGUCCUAUUUGUGAGGUCCUGCUGAAUCAAAAGUACUUCAACGGUAUUGGGAAUUACCUGAGAGCUGAAAUCCUUUACAGGUUAAAUAUCCCACCGUUCGUUUGUGCGCGGGACGCACUGGAAGGCCUUCAGUCAGACGAUGGAUUUGAGGACAGGAAGCCUUUGAAAAAUGAGAUCACAAACACAAAGACCCCAGAGAGAGCUAAAAAGAAAGGGAUAAAACAGGAGACGGGGGACCUUCUCAGACUUUGUCAUACAGUUCCUCUGGAGGUGGUCAGCUUAGGUGGUAAGGGCUAUGACCCUGAGAAGUUGGACUACUCUGCCUUCAAGGCAUGGCUGCAGUGUUAUUAUGUUGAUGGCAUGAAAUCAAUCUCUGACCACAAUGGCAGAACAAUGUGGUUUAAAGGGGACCCAGGGCCCAUGGCACCCAAAAACUCAAAAUCACCCAAGGCGAAAAAGAGGGCAAAGAAAGACGAUGACCAUGAUUACACAGACAAGAAAAAGGUGCCCAAAAGUGUGACAGAGAGCACAACAAAGAAAAGGGCGGUCAAAAAGGAAACACCAAAAAAAGAAAAAACUACACAUCCGAAGGAAGCCGUAUUAAAGAGCAGAAAGGCUGAAAAGACCCAGGAAGCAACAAUGCAGAGAGAAACCAGAUCAAGUGCACGUCGAAAGAAAAGCAGCAGUGCAGAACCUGCUGCAGGCAGAGGGAAACUAGCUGGAAGAGCGACCAGAACAAACAGCAAAUAAACAUGCAACCAGAA